UAACGUGCAUGAUGGUCUAGAGAAACGCAAGCCACGAGGCGCCUUCCCAACAUCUACCUAAAAGAUAACUGAUAAUUGUUCUUGAAAAGGAUUUGGCUUGGCUGCAAGCGAAGGUCCGGAUCUUAAGAAUCCACUGAAGCAUAUUCCAAAUCCUAAUCCAAUCAAGAUUGCUAUGGGAAGAAAAAUCUAUUCGUAAACCUGUUAAACAAAUCGCGUUGAAGGUUCGUGGAGGACGGCUGGUUGAAAACCGGCAGUAAAUAGCCAGUGCUAGAUGCAGAAAUAUUGUGGCCGAACGGACGUCGUCGACGGCGCGUCGAGUUGGUUGCUGAAAUUGCGGUGUUGCGAGAAAUCAAAAAGAGGUUUCCAAUUUCCGUUGUCAGUUCAGCGAAAUUGGCUUGCGGUGCGAGACAUCUGAUACAGUUCUCAGUGAAAAAAACAUUGGCUACAGAGCGUGAGGGUCUUAUCUUUGAACACAUACUUGAGUCUCAGAAGAUCAUAAAAGUUUUCUCACAGCCGUGCUAAAGCAAACGGACUGUUUUCGUUUCUAUAUUGUGAAGCGACAUUGGGGUUAAUAAAUUUUUAUUCGAUUGCGUGCACGACUCACAAUAGAGCAGCUUCGCAAAGAAAGACAUUCUUAACAAAAUGAUGAUUGCAAAUGAAAUUAGUGGCCUGUGGUUGGUUAUUUUGCUCGCCUCUAUUUUUCAGUGUCUAUCAGCACAAAUGAUGUGGUCUUCAUGGUCCAGGUAUUCUGCAUGUUCGGUUACUUGUGGGCAAGGCCGUCAGCGACGGCAGAGACAGUGCAUGAUAACUUCUCCGACGUCUUCAGGCACCUGUCCUGGGCCAAAAGAAAUGUAUGCUCCAUGUCAAAUGUUAGCUUGUCCAGAAGACAAAGUUCUCCCCUGUAACUGUGGAUGUUCCCUGGAGGAAAAUAAAGGCCAAAUCUUAUCUCAGCUGCCAAGUAAAGAGACCAAAAGUUGUGAAUGGCGAAUUCUUGCACCUAAGGGAACGACAAUAUCAUUAAAUGUAACUCGCCUUAUUUUGAAGGCGGGUUGGGUGCGUAUUGCCAGUGGCAAAAAGACCCUACUGACUCUACUAAAGCCAGGCCCUGAGCCUCCUUACCCAUGGAAGUAUAAGUCAGAGGGAAAUCUGAUGACUUUAGAGUUGCUUUCAUACCCAGAUGCAAGUGGCAAUGUGGAUUCUAAUACGUACCUGGCAGCAAAAUAUAAACAUAUUCGAGCAAACUCAAACCAGCCAGGCAAUGGCGGGAAGGACGAUAAUAGCGCGGUGAGCAACAAGCCGAAUUCCCUAGAGGGACACAGUGACAAAGAGCCGAACGUGCCUGCAAUCAUUGGGAUUACGGCAUGUGUUAUCGUCAUCAUAUUAGUUGCCGUGUUUCUUGCAGUUCGAAGGCAUCAUAGGAAAAAUUCUAGUGAUUCUGAUGCUACUAAUGAAGCAGUUAACCUCAGCACGGAAUUCGAUUACAAGGGACAACAAAACGCGAACGGGAUCAAAGAAGAGAAACCGUUGAUGGAUGGCAAAGGGUCGCCUCAAUUACCUCGCGCGGAUCGAUGCGCUAUGCCGCAGUCGCAACUAGUUAUGCGACCUAAUGUGACUCAGGGAAGAGACUCUUCAUCAGAUACCGUCAAUUAUCCAAUUCCAAAUCAAUAUAACGGACAACGAAGAAUGAAUUAUCCGCCUGACUUGUACAUGAAACCUCCUCCUCUCAAUUACAUGCCGGACCCAAACAUGGUGCGGAUGGUUCCAGUAACUUCAACCGGACUAAUACUGCAGUCUCCUCCUCAGCAACAAUAUAUGAUGCAUGUGCCACCGCCACCGCGAAGCGAUCACAGUUGAUAGAUCGCUCUUAGGAAUCCAUGGUGACAUGGUGGCUGUAUUGAUUCUCAUACACACUGAUUCAGAGCUGCAAAUGUCGCUUAGACUUAACAAUACACGAAAAAAGGCAAACAUUUUAAUGGCUACAUCCUUCUCUUCUGUAAUGUAUUUAUUUUUUCAGAGUUCUUAGGAUUUUGGUGUUAGGAGCCCUUCCAAAAAUCAUAACGAGUCUGCCCACGAUUGUUAAUAAAUACAAAGAAAUAAUCAUUCAAUAAAUUAACAAUCAUGUCGACCUGAAACUUCUAAUUUUUGUCAAUCAAUUUUUGUUGAAAAAUUGUUACAAAUGGAGGAUAGGAUGCCUUGCUAUAUUUUAAAGUGGAAGACGGAAGCGAUACCCUUUCGAAACAGAAUCCAGCUUGAAAUCCUUUUUGCUUAAAUACUCAGAAUUUGCAUUUUAUAAACGCAUUUCUUUCAAACGAGAACUUCGCUGAUUUUUUUCAAUGAAUUUCCAUCGCUCAGGUAAGGAUUAAACGAUCCAUGUAUGAUUCAGCUGAAGCGGUAUCUUCACACACUUACAAUCCAAUUUCUGAUCGCAGAAAACUCGCAGAAAUUUAUAAGUAGAUUUUCGAGUAAGAACGGCCUGCACUCGCCAGAUAGUCUAAAUUUCUUCCUGUCGCAUUUCCGUGGCGGCAUGUCCGAUUGUUGCUCGCUGGAGUAGCCUGGGAAGGAAUCUAAUUGUUAAUGCUAUUUUUAAUAAGUUCGUUUCACGCAUCUCGUUUAGUUUAUAGGAAAAUACAAGCAUGAGCAAUGAAAUUGCAGUUGUUUAUUAUUGAUGUUUUUUUAAAGCGUCCCUUUGUUUGUUGUGCUUAGAUUUGUUUAAAGACAUGGAAUCGUUCCAAGAAAUCGAAUUUUUAGUUGUUUCAUUCGCUCUCCCUCAAUUACCAUUGCGGUUGUUUUUCUGACAUUUCUGCACGGGAUGGCACAUUAAUUCCCCCCUUGCUGCAACCGAUAUCUUAUUUAUUUGUUUAAAUGUUGAAAAUGGAUGGUUGGUCUCAGGAUCCAUAGCUUGUAUCCUUUGAUUACCUUUGGAAGUAUCUUAUUCAUAUAAUCUGCAAGAAAAUUAUAGAAAAAAAACAAAAAGUAACCAAAACAUACCUAGCCUUGGGGAUUUUCGAAAAUCAGGAUCAAGCAUGUUGCACGAGAUUUAAAUCAAAUUUGUUGGGAUAGUUUUAAAGUUUCUUCAAAAGUCUUCUUUUUUACAGUUGCAAGACGAUCUACUUCUCAGUUUAUGAAAUUUGCAUCGAGUUAGGUUUAGUUUUCGCGCUUACUAUUGUUUUCGCUCCAGUGGGUAUAUCUUUCAACUAAUUAGAAUUUUGAAUGGCUGAAAUCUUGAAAAAGUUAUGAAACAGCCUGAAAACGUUAAAAAAUGCCACUGUGCUAUGUUAACGCAAACCGUUGUGUGAAAAUUCUGUAAUAUCAAAAGGUUAGACUGCUAAACAAUGUUAAUGAUGUAAUAGAAAUUUAUCGCAUUUGUAAGUGUAUAUAAAUUUGUUACAAAAUAAAGUUGAUUCUUUUCGUAA